AAUAUGUGGCUUGGGUAAUGUCCGUGUGUACUCCACCUAUCGGCGCAGCCUACUGAUUCUACCGAGUCCCGGUGAGCCUGAUGGAUUUACGCCUGCACUAAGACACUAUUAUUCUGUAUUCGGACCGUUUAUGAAGUUAAAUGACAUGGACUGCAUGUGCUCGUCACGAUGAGGGUCUGUCGCAUUUCCGUUCAGCUGCGAAAAAUGACCUUUACGUGGAUCAAAAUAGACGGAAAGUUAGUCGGAGGAAGGUGAAGUAAAGUGAAUAUAUUAGCAAGCAGCGCUAGCAGCGCGGCUCAAACAACACGUAUUUGAUAUUUACAUGUUGUUUGAUUCAAUAUAGUGGAAAUGUAAACGUUUAAAUAGUGUUUUAUAUAGUUUUUGUGUCACCCCGCUGUUGCUAAGUUAACGUUAGUGCUCUCAAGAUUAUUAGCUUGACUUGCUAGCAGUCAUUUGAACUAAAGUUACCUCUGAAGUCAGAAAAUGUUUGCCAGUUUAUUUACCACUUUAAGUAUAUUUUACGUUCGUUAACUUUUUAGCUUUGUCGUAUAAACGAAAAUUUCCAACAGAAAUCGUUCAGAGGUGAUCUGUCAUAAGUGUCAACUGUCUCCGAUGUUUCUUCUAAAACUCCUUAGCUGAAACACAAAGACUGUUGAUAUAGUUGAAAGCCUUAAUGCGUAUGGCAUAGGCUCGGAUUGUUCGUGAGAAGGAUAAAUAUUUGAGUUUAUUUCUCUUCUGAAAUUUAGAGGAGACACUUGUGAGAAUGCAGGGUCUUAAUAACAGAAUUGCCUACACCUCUCCACUUGUCUCCAUUUAAUCUCAUUGCUGUAUCUGAAACUUUAGAGAUUUACAAUAUAACGUAUAAAACAUGCUGUCAGUUUGCUGUAAUCGCAUUUAUAUUAGUUUACAUGAAUAGACGUCCAUAUAGCUGUGUACAUUAGCAACCUGCUUAUCGAUAACUUUAAUUUUGAAUGACCUCAGUAUUGAUAAGCUACAAAGAAAAAAUGUCUGUGUACUCAAAACUACCCUCUGAGCUGAAGAAACCCCUUGUGAGAAACACCAUUGUCCUUCUUGUUGCUCUGUAUGGGGCAAAAAAACUUUCCCCUUACAUUUAUGGCAAGCUCAAGGGAAGGACUAGUAAACAGGUUAAGGGCACCGACCCGGUUACCACCAAUAGAGAACCCCAAGAAGUGGAAGUUGCAAAGAAAAAGAAAAGCUCCCCGGCUGUGAACCGCGAAUUCUUUGAGAGGUUGAUUCGUCUCUUGAAAAUCCUCUUUCCUCGGCUUUUCUGCAAAGAACUCGGCCUGCUCGGUUUCCACUCUCUAGCUCUCAUUUCACGCACAUUUCUCUCCAUCUAUGUAGCCAAUUUGGAUGGGCAAAUAGUGAAAACCAUUGUGAAGAAAGACCCCAGGGCGUUUGUGGUUGAGUUAACCAAAUGGCUGCUCAUUGCCAUUCCCGCCACCUUUGUGAACAGUGCCAUCCGUUACCUGGAGGGUCAGCUGACCCUCGCAUUUCGCACUCGAUUGGUCACCCAUGCCUACAUGAUGUAUUUCAGUGACCAGACAUAUUACCGUGUAAGCAACAUGGAUGGAAGGCUGGCAAACCCUGAUCAGUCUUUGACCGAAGAUGUGGUGAUGUUUGCUGGCUCUGUGGCUCAUCUGUACUCGAACCUGACCAAGCCUAUCCUCGAUGUAGUGGUGACCUGUUACACACUCAUUAAAACAGGCGAGUCGAAAGGUGCCAACACCACAUGGCCCUCCAUCAUAGCUGGCAUUGUGGUGGCGUUUACUGCCAAGAUUCUGAGAGCGUUCUCUCCCCGCUUUGGUAAACUGGUGGCCGAGGAAGCCAAGAGGAAAGGCGACCUGAGAUAUAUGCAUUCACGCAUCAUCGCCAAUUCAGAGGAGAUCGCCUUCUAUGGAGGACAUAAGAUCGAGAUGCUGCAGCUGCAGCGGAGCUACACGGCGCUGUCCAAGCAGAUAAACCUCAUCCUGUUCAAGAGGCUGUGGUAUGUCAUGCUGGAACAGUUCCUGAUGAAAUAUCUCUGGAGUGCAUCGGGCCUGGUCAUGGUCGCCGUGCCCAUCAUCACUGCCACUGGAUACUCGAAAUACGAUUCAGAGGAUGUAAAACAGGCAGCCCUGGGGAUGAAGGAGGAGGACUUGGUGAGUGAACGCACACAGGCCUUCACCACGGCCCGGAACCUUCUGAACGCCGCAGCUGAUGCAGUGGAGAGGAUCAUGGUCUCCUACAAAGAGUUCACAGAACUGGCUGGAUACACGGCUCGUGUGUAUGAGAUGUUCGAGGUGUUUGAGGAUGUGCGUGUUGGAGUGUACCGUCGUUCGGCCUCAGAGGUGAAGCCAGAAAAGCCAGGGACGGCUGGGAAGAUAAAACAUGGCAUGAGAGUGGAGGGACCGCUGCAGAUCAGAGGUAAGGUGAUUGAUGUGGAACAGGGCAUCAAAUGUGAAAACCUACCCAUAAUAACUCCUACAGGGGACGUGGUGGUUUCCAGCCUGAACAUACAGGUUGAUGAAGGCAUGCAUCUGCUGAUCACAGGCCCCAACGGUUGUGGAAAAAGCUCUCUCUUCCGAAUCCUGAGCGGCCUCUGGCCCGUCUACAGCGGAGUGCUUUACAAGCCAUCACCCGAGCACAUGUUUUACAUACCUCAAAGGCCUUAUAUGUCUGUGGGAACGCUGAGAGAUCAGGUCAUCUAUCCUCACUCUGUUCAGGAGAUGCAGGAGAAAGACAUCACUGACCAGCAGCUGGAGGACAUCCUCAAAACUGUGAACCUCUGCUACAUCCUGGAGAGAGAAGGAGGUUGGGAUGCAGUGAGCGACUGGAAGGAUGUGUUGUCUGGAGGAGAGAAGCAGCGGAUGGGCAUGGCCAGGAUGUUUUACCAUAAGCCUCAAUACGCCCUCCUGGAUGAGUGCACGAGUGCUGUGAGUAUUGAUGUGGAGGGCAAAAUCUUUGAAGCUGCAAAGGAUGCUGGGAUUGCGCUUCUCUCUAUUACACACCGUCCUUCUCUCUGGAAGUACCACUCCCACCUGCUGCAGUUUGAUGGCGAGGGCGGCUGGCGCUUUGAAAAGCUGGACGCCUCCACACGGAUCUCCCUGCAGGACGAGAAGCUCCGGCUUGAGACCCAGCUCUCGGGAAUUCCCAAGAUGCAGCAGCGGCUGGUAGAGCUGUGCCGCAUUCUGGGGGAGGACAGCAGUCUGCCGAACCCAGGGGAAGUGGAGGAGGAUGAUGGGAUGGAGGGAGAGAGGGAGCAGCAGAAGGAGGGGGAGGAGAAGGAGAGAGAUGUGGGAUCUGGUGGAAAAGGGAAAGACCUUAUGGAGUGAUUUGCAGGGAGAUGAUGGAUGCAUUCAAGGCCAGGUGUGAGCGCGUGUGUGUGUGUGUGUGUGUGCAUAUAUCAGCCCACAUAUGUUUUAGAUGCAUGCAUUGACUAAAUCUGUUUCUAAUAGGGUUAGGAAGCAAAAACUUAAUCAAAACCAGUUCCAGUUUUUUUUUAAGAGAAUCGUUUUAAGGAUGUUUGGUUCCGUUAACGGUUCUAGAACGUUUGUAUUCCACAAAGGAUUCUGAAAAAACACUGCAAGAAAAUAUGCAAAACACCUUGAAACAACUUUGCCGUUGUUAUGAUGAUCAACGUGCAUCUUAUUUUUUUAGCAUUAUUUUUGUCAGCAAUCAACAGUUGAGUGUGUAAUUGUAAAUUUUCAUGAUUUCAAAAGACAGCUGGAACCUUUUCUUUUUCACAGACUUUGAUUACAUUUAGGGUUGUGAGUCAUUCAAAACUGAAUUCAGGAUGUUAACCCUUGUGCUGUAAAAUACCUUAACUAAUUUGCUGUUCCUGGUUAAAAAUUAUGCCUUUUAAAAAAUUGCUUAUACAAUUCUCAUUAUGCUAUAUUUUUCACCAAAUCUAGGAUUUGAUAUUUUCUUUCAAUCAGCAGAGAUUUUGUUUAUGUUUUUGAAACUGAUUGAUCAAAGGCCUCACUGAUCUGAGCUCAGUUAAAAGCAUUAUUUGUGGAUCAUUUGAGCAAUAUUCAUUUAAAAACUGAGGUGCAUAAGCUCAGACAAAGAUAAGAACAGGAGAACCUGUUGUUUUUUAUCCAAUGCCUAAAAAUAUAUAUAUUUUUGAUUCUUCACUGUUGAAAUCUCAUUUCAUAAUUUGACAACAGGCUUCCAAGGGUAGUGAAUUUAGGACAAUUAUUUUCCAAUCAUAAUCCAUCCCACUUCAAAAGAACCAUUAACAGGACCAUUGAUAAAACAGAAUCAGAAUCAGAUUCCCAUCUGUAGUCUCUAGACAGAAAACGCACAGUGAGAACCUCAAAAGCUUUUGUUAGCUGUACAAAGACACUGCGGUUAGUGUGUGUGUGUGUUUGUUUGUUUAUGUAUGUAUAUAUGUGUGUGUGUGUGUGUGAGGGUAGUACUCAAGGUGGGUGUGUUUUGGAGGGGGUGGGAGACAGCUGCCAACUCCACCAGGUGCGGUCGAUGAUGAAAGCACCUAUGAAAGCUGUUCCUCUUGCUCGUUAUCGCUGUUCUCUGAAGAAUUCUCUGGAAAUCUGCAGGACCCAGGCAGCGCGUGCGUCUGUGCGUUUGUCUUUAGGGAAAGGGUGAAAGCCGAGUUUGGGCUCUGCUGUUUUGUAUCAUUUCAGGGGUGAUAUUUUCAAACUUCUAAGGAGUUGACAUGAAUGCUGUAGCUCAAAUCCUGCCAUGUUUUAAUGCAAAAUCAAAAAGGGGAAACUUGUCCACAGUGUAGAUGAUAAGUUCUUUGUUUUUCUCUAAUACUAAUAGAUAUUUGAACAAUGACCACAUUCACAUGCACAUAAAUGCUGUGUACAUGUAUGCGGGAAUAUCCUUAUAUGAUGUUAUAAACAUCUUUUGUGUGAUAAUGUGCAAGUAAUUGUGGUCAAUAAGAAAUGGCAAAAAAUUUUAUGUUUUUUUUAUUCUUUAAACAAUCAACAAGAAUCUAUGGAAGCUUGUUCGCACCACAGAAUACAAUAAAUAAAUAAUUGUUAUUGCACAUUUUUAAUUGUACAAUUCCGAUUUGUUUUCUUGCAGUUCUGAGAAAAAAGUCAGACAUGCAGGAUAUAAACUCAGAAUUGCAAGAUUAUUAUGAGACAAUUAUGAGAUAAAUCCAUAAUUCUAAGAAAAAUGCCUGAUAUGUGAUACAACAGUCAUACUUUUUAUUUUUUAUUUUUUAUUCUGUGGUGGAAACAAGCUUCCAUGAGAAGCACCUUUGAAGGAAAGUUUUCCAUUCAAAUGAAAUGUCUCUUUUUUUCUUCAUUAGAUAGACAUCAGUUAAACCUUCAUCUCUAAUCAUGUCCAUUAGAGGAGAUAAUGUUCUUCUAAUAAUGAAACUUUCUUGCUCUAAUUGUGUAAAAAAAAAAAAAAAAAAAGCCGAAGGGUAGAUUGCAUAUGACUUUUUAGAAAAAAAAACAAAAACCAAGGGCUGUAUUCUGUUGGUCUGAGCGCAGAGCCUGAAGGAACGCCCAUAGACACAUGAUGAUUAAAUCAGUUCUGAUUCAGCCCGAGGUGAUGGCGUCUGAUAUGGGUGUUGUGUUAGUUGUAGGGUGAUGACCACUAGAGUUAAUCUGAACAUUAACCAGAUCUCUUCCAGCUGAGACAUUUCUUUAAAGUGUCCUUAGAAUUUCAGUCUUUUAUGUAACGUUUCAAACUGCUUUUGUUCUCGUUGUGUGUUGAUUUCACAAGGUCAGUCACUUGAAAGAUGUUAAAGGAUUGUAAGAUUUAAUCACAAAGAAAUUUCCAUUCAGAAGAAAAAGCUGUCCACAAUAUUUCUAUGACAUUGAAUUUAAUAAUGUCUGUAUUUUUUACUGAAAUAUUUUAUAAUGUGAGAUUUUGCACACCUAAUGCACAGAUGAUUUUGUAUCUUGAACCACAAAUUGGUUAUAUUUUCAUUGCAAUAAUUUUUCAAACUAAUCUUUUACCUUUGCUAACGCAAACAAUUUUGUAUUGUUUUCUUUAGGUAUGACUAUGAUAAAAGAGAUUGCAAUGUAAUUGAUUCAAUAUUGGACCCUUUGCACAUUUACCUGAAUUAUUAAAAAUGUAUCUUUACAGUCUAAUAAAACAUUUCCUCUUGAAAA